AUGGGAUGCCUCAGGAUAGAGGUGAAGGAAGUACUCUGCUUUCAAGGGAACCCGAAUGAGAAGGCUUUCGAUGUGACGUUUCACAAAGAGGAGAAACAUGAUGAUGUAUUGAAGAUGGCAAAGGAAGCGGAGAAAACGGGACCCCUGUGUCAUUAUGCGGUGACCAGCCUGGCGAAGAACAACUUCAGGGUGGUCACCGUAACCAUGUACAAUCCGCAUGUGAAAGAUGAAGAGGCGCAUAUCCUGGCCUCGUGCAGCGCCAAGAAAUGUCGUUUUUGUGGGUCGGAAGAGCACAAGGCCAAGGAGUGUGACGAGCCCAAGGCUUGCCACGGGUGUGGCUCGAAAAUAAUCUGUUUGUCUUUGACAGGAGAGAAACCAGACUCUCCCUCUGACAACGGAAAGAGUCCUUCAGGGGAAUCAGACCCAGAGACGCCCAAAGCAAAAGGAGGACAUCACUGCUCCCACUGUGGAAAGAGUUUUACCAAGUUAGGGAACCUGAAUGGGCAUGAGAGGACACACACAAGAGAAAAACCUUUCCAAUGCUCCCAAUGUGGAAAGAGUUUUAACAAAUUAGGGUACCUAUUACUACAUAAGAGAAUACACUCUGGAGAGAAGCCUUACCACUGUUCCAAAUGUGGAAUGACUUUUGCCUGGUUAGGGAGCCUGAAAACACACGGGAGAAAACACCCACAAGAAAAGCCCUACCAAUGCUCCCUGUGUGGAAAGAGUUUUACCAAGUUAGGGGGUCUGACAAGGCAUGAGAGGACACACUCAGGAGGGGAUAAGCCCUACCACUGCUCCCUGUGUGGAAAGAGAUGUAACCGGUUAAGGCAUCUAAAUAAGCAUGAAAGAAUAUACACACAGGAGGAGAAGACAUACCACUGCUCUCAAUGUGGAAAGAUAUUUUCCCAGUCAGAGGACCUGAAAUCACAUGAGAGAAAAGAGAGACUGUGUUCUGACUUGUUUUUGACUGAGAUUUUGUGUUUUUGUUUGUCACACUAA